CUUACCCUUCCUCGAUGUCCGACUCACAGGUGAUGAUAGCUCCGCCUGAGGAAGAAGCCUCGCCUAUGGCAAACGUCCAACUGGUCUCGAGACGGGUCUCGGACGCACUCCUGACCAAGUUCCCGGACACGUCGGAGUUCGACUUCGAGUACGAGAAGAGCAGCCUGUGGUCGCCGCCGGUGCCGCUCCCCGCGUCAGCGAGCUCGUCCCCACUUGCGUGCGCCGAAGGAGAUCGACGCCGUAAGCGAUGGAACAAGGUAAAGAAAGCAUCCUUUGCUAUCCUUCAUUACAAGGGAUGCAUAAGGGGAACCCUCUGUAACACAAUUCAAUGCCAGUUUGCUUCAUGUGAGAGCAGCUGAAGAGGAAUUAGCAGCUUCCAGUCCGAGGUCUAAACAUAGAUAUAUACACGCUGGAGUAUGUGAUCUGCAGCUAUAUGUUGGUUUGAUUCUCAAAAUGAAUCUGAAGACUUCCAUCCUCUCGGUCAUUUGCAUCUACUGGUGACACGAGUGCAGCAUUCAUGCAAGCAUUAUUGAUCUCAGUGCAUAGAAUAGCAGACUGAGGGUUGAGAUGGAUACAAUGGAUACUGCCAAAUGAACAAGGCUUC